UACAAAAUUUUGUUGACACUUGUUAUGAGUCACUUUGACAUAUUGUGACUUUUUGUCCCAAAUGGUUUAGUUUUGUAUCAUAAUGGAUGUUUUCAAUAAAAUAUACUCCCAGGUGAGUAGUUCUGUUAGUAGUACAGUCUCUCAGCUGUCUGGUGUUUUGCCUGGAAAUCCGGUGACCAGGGAAUUCGACGCAAGCUCACAUAUAGCUUCUGGAGGACCAGGGCUACUAUGGAAGAUUUACAAAGGAACAAAACGUUCUACAAAGCAGGAAGCCUCAAUAUUUGUGUUUGAGAAAAAGCAAUUAGAUAGGUAUAAUAAAAAUGAUAAGGAAAUUGUUCUGGAGGUUUUGAGAAGGGGAGUGCUGCAGUUAACAAAGAUUCGUCAUCCUCAGAUCCUUACAGUGCAGCAUCCACUUGAGGAGAGCAGAGAGAGUUUAGCCUUUGCCACAGAACCUGUAUUUGCAAGUUUAGCAAACAUCCUUGGAGAUACAUAUAACAUGCCCCAAGUGAAUAGUAGCAUGACUGACUACAAAUUCUAUGAUAUUGAAAUCAAGUAUGGUCUGCUCCAAAUUGGUGAAGGCCUUGCAUUCUUGCAUAAUGAUGUUAAACUGCUGCAUAAAAACAUCUCACCUGAAAGUAUUAUGAUCAAUCAGCAAGGGGCAUGGAAGAUUUUUGGCUUUGAUUUCUGUGUACACAACACUAGCCCCCCAAAUGCUGUUCCCUUUUAUCCAUAUGAGGAAUACAGCCCUGUUUUACCUCAAGUGGCUCAACCGAAUUUAGAUUUUAUGGCGCCUGAAUGUAUUCUUACACAAAGUCAUGUCAAUGGAAGUGAUAUAUUCUCUCUUGGAAUGGUUGCAUUCAUGCUCCAUUCACCAAACCAUCAACCAAUAAGUAAAGUGAAGGAUAUCCAACAAUUUCGCGCUAGAAUACAACAAAUGAAGCAACUUAGCCCCAAUAAGCUGCAGUGUGUACCAGAGGCUUUAAGAGAGUAUGUUAAGAUGAUGUUGAAUGUAACACCAGAUGUAAGACCAGACGCUCAUCAAUUUAUUAAAAUACCUUAUUUUGAAGAUGUUGGUGUCAAGACAUUGAACUAUUUGGAUUCCUUGCUGCAAUGGGAUAAUUUACAGAAGUCGCAAUUCUACAAGGGAUUGCCGGAAGCCCUUUCGAAAUUACCGCACAGGGUUUGUCUGCAAAGGGUAUUACCGUGUUUGGUGAGGGAUCUUCAGCAACCUGCAAUGGUACCUUUUGUUUUACCCAGCAUUAUGGAUAUUGCUCAGAAUUGCACGCAGCAAUCGUAUAUUAAAUGCGUGUUGCCAUAUUUGAAAGCCGUAAUGAAACUGACCGAGCCCGUUCAGAUCCUGUUGAUCUUCCUGCAGCGAAUGGAGUUGCUUCUGAAGCAGACGCCAGCGGAAGAUGUGCAGCAACAUGUUUUACCUAUGUUAUAUAGAGGUUUGGAUUCGGAGACUCCGAAGAUACACGAGUUAUGUUUGACGGUGUUACCGACGUUCGCUGGGCUCCUGGAUCACGCUAAUGUUAAAAACAGUUUGCUGCCUAGGAUCAAGAAACUAUGCUUAGGUACCGGGAACCUUUCAGUGCGUGUUAAUUGUUUACUGUGUAUAGGGAGGAUUUUGGAAAACCUUGACAAGUGGUUGGUUCUUGACGAAAUUUUACCAUUCCUCCCGCAAAUUCCAUCGAGAGAACCAGCUGUUCUCAUGGGUAUAUUGGGAAUUUACAAGCUGGCGCUGAACCACAAGAAAUUAGGUAUAAGCAAGGAAAUAAUAGCUACUCGAAUCCUGCCGUUCCUCAUGCCGCUGUGCAUAGAGAACGGCUUAAGCCUGGCUCAGUUCAAUGCGCUUGUUGCGUUGGUUAAGCAGAUGUUCCAGAUGGUCGAAUCCGAGCACAGGGUUAAACUGGAACAGCUGAACACUGUGCAGCAGGAACGUAAAGCGCUGGAGUCAACGAUGCCUCAAGUAAAUCCGCAAGUUAACAUGGAUCUGAAUCAGGCCUUCAGCGGUUUAGGUUUGGAUAAUUUCGCCGGCGGUUCGAUGAGUUUGCAAGAGAAGAAAAGUUUGGUACAGCAGCAGAACAGCAUGAAAUUACUGCAAGAGCAGGCGCCUUUGGAACCUAAAAUUCCAAAGCCACAACUGCAACAGCAGCAACAACAGAACAUCAUCAAAGAUCUCUCUGCAGAUUUACGGAUGAGCAACAGUUUCAUACCGCAAAUAGCCUCUCCGCCUCAGCAGCAGCCCAAACCCAUGCAAUCUCAGCCGUUCAGUUUAAACACGAGCAUGAAUGCUAUGCCCAAACCAGCAGCGUUCAACAACCAGAAUUUCAAUAGCAAUUCCUUUGGCAGUUUAGGCAUGAACAUGAGCAACCCGACUGCAACGAAUCACAACUGGAACAACAACGCCAACUACACCGGCUGGUCGAAUACCAAUACCAAUAAUUCGAACAACAAGAACUGGAGUGCCCUGGAUAGUUUAAUACCUGCAUCGUCGAACAGCAAGACCAGCAUGAACCAAAUGAUGUUGCAGAGUCCGCAGGAUUCUAACAAGACGAAGAACGCGCUCUCCCCGGACGAAAUCAUGGACCUGCUGAGUUGAAUCUUCAUUUAAUGACGACUGAUUUUAAAUUUAUAUUUUGUUAUUUUAUCUUGUAAGCUUAAUUAUGUGAAGUCACUUUGCAUUAUUCCUUUUACGAUGGUGAUAAUUUAUUAAUGUUACAGUGCAUUAUUUUUUUUUUGUUAAUAUGUUUUGUUAUAUAUAGUUUGUUUUCAAAAUGCUUUUAUGAAACGAAUUUCUAUAUUAGGCAGUAUUAAAUUAUUUUACAAUUUAUUUAGUGCGACUGACGCAGGACGAGAACGAUUUGGAUAAAUUUUAACAAAAUAAACAACACUUUAUUACAACA